GCACAUUUUUUUUAACCGUAUUGUUCUAGUUACAUGUGUUUUCUAUGUUUUCAAAAUGUAUCAGAUUUACAAGAUUUCUGUAUCCUGUAUCCUGAUGCAGCGAGGAAACUGUUUGAAAACUGGACCACGAUAAGUGAAAGAAUUCUUCCAUAUGCCCAGCGAGAGGGUAAACUGCCCUCAGUACUGGGUGACAUGACACCAGCUGCUAAAGAGGAGACAGCUUUGAAGGUCCUGCCAACUCUGCUUCCCCCAUCCAUCUACACGAGAGGAGGAAAGGUCUUCAGACCCACCACAGAGGAGGCCCAGAAGUCAUUUAUUGACAUGCAACCUGUUGGGACCAACAUGGUUGAAUAUUUAAACCAUGAGAUGACUGGAGCAUUGCUGCACAUUCUGUGCCUCAGUGAUGAGACAAGGGGGACAUCACAGACCUGUGCCAUUAUUCCGGGCCACGCCAUUGAGACUGAGUCUUUGUUGGAGGCGGUUGAUCUUUGCUUUAAAGCUUUUUUUGUUUUUGAUGUUCAGUACACCAAGCAGUGUCUCCCCACCUGGGAGUUUCUCCAGCAUGCUGUAUAUCAAAUUGAAGGAAAAGAGUCCUCCUCUGUAAAGUUUUUGAGGACAACAGUGGUUUCAGGCCCACAUGAUAUGGAGAUGAUUUUAAAAUCUAUUUUGUUGCUGUUCUUAAAUCAACACAUCUUAAUAAAUUAAAUUGUAAUCGUAUGAGAGUUCAAAUUAGUUGUUUAAUGACUUUUAAUGCCUGAAUAUUUGGACAGAUUGACAUUUGUUAUAAAGUCUGUGGGGAAGGGUGAAUGUCAGAGGGUGUGUGGGUGGGGGUUGGGAUGGUAGGGGCUAAAGAAUGUAUUCAAUAUUGUAUACAAACAAAGUAUUAAAUAAAUUUAUUGUUUUUAAAGAAAUAAUAUGUUUUAAAUUAAAUGAGAUUGAAAUCACAUAUACAUGGCCUCUCUGGUUUAUUGUAUUACAGAGACAAUAAUUAUUUUACAUUCGUAAUAUAAAAUAUAUUUGUAACUAAUGUAUAAAGGCAGUGAGACAGGAAAUAAUCUAUUUAUUAUGAAAUAAUAACUAUUUAUUUGACUAAACUAUUUGUUUGACUUAACCCAGCAAGAGGGUUAAUUUUACCCACUGGUUGGGUCAAAUGAAUGACCCAGUAAUAUGGGUUAAACGGUAAAACCCAGCACUUGGGUCAAACCAACCCAGCGCGUGUUCUGUCCAAUAGUGACCCAGCAGCGUGGUUAAGGUUGGGUUAUUUUUUAACCCAGCAGUUUUUAGAAUGUAGACGCGCCUCCUAAACGGAUUAUGAUUGUAUUGAGAUUUUUUGUUGUUUGUUUUUAUUAUUUCGUUAAGUAGUAUAAUUUAAAGCUUUCUAUAUAUA